AUGCCGGCCAGGAACGGGCAACAGUACAUUGACGGGCUAAAAGAAAGGCCGCCGUCCCUGUAUUUGCGUGGGGAAAAGGUCAAAGACCCCACUACGCACCCAGGGCUCAGCGGCGGAGUGAAGACGCUGGCCCGUCUCUACGACCUUCAACACGAUCCUGCCGUAGGUUCUGAAAUGACCUACACCUCGCCUACAAGCGGCGAUAAGGUGGGUCUGUCCUUCAUCACCCCCAGGACCAGCGAGGAUAUGGACGCCCGCCACAAUAUGAUGCGCCACUGGGCCCGCGUCAGCUGCGGAAUGAUGGGUCGCACGCCCGACUUCCUCAACGUGAGCCUGAUGGCAAUGGCCGAGGCGGGUGAUUACUUCGGCGAAGACCGGCCGGAGUUCAAGCAGAACAUCCGCAAUUACUACGAGAAGGUGCGAGAGGAAGACCUGGUACUCACUCACACCCUGGUGAACCUUCAGCGUAGCCGCGUGCCCACCGAGACCAUUCUGCACGACAACACCGAUAUCGCCCUCUCUGUGGUGAAAGAGACCGACGCCGGUAUCGUUGUUCACGGGGCAAGGCUGCUGGCCACCCUGCCCAUUGCUGACGAAAUAGCCGUGUAUCCCGCCCGAUCCCACCGCCUACCGACGGGCGCACCCGGCCGCACUUCGUUCGCCUUUGCCAUUUCCUGCGAUGCUCCCGGCCUCAGGUUUCUCUGCCGUGAGAGCAUGGACCUGGGCCGUUCCCAUUUCGAUCACCCCCUGGGUUCGCGAUUCGAAGAGAUGGACGCCUUGGCCUUCUUCGACAACGUAUUCGUCCCGUGGGAGCGGGUCUUCCUUCUGGGCGACCCGGACCGCUGCAACAACAUGUCGCGGCGGACCCACCAGUACCUGCAUUCGGGGCACCAGGUCGUGAUCAAGAACGUGGUCAAGCUGGAGUUCGUGCUGGGUCUGGCCAACCUGAUGCAGCAUACCCUCGGCUCAGGCCAGCAGCCUCAGAUGAUGCAGAUGACCGCCGAAAUCAUCGAGAGCCUGGAGACAACCAAGGCACUGCUGCGGUCAGCGGAGGCAGAUGCCGCUCUUGAUGAGUGGGGAGUCCUCUGCCCAGCCGAAAUGCCGCUGACCGUGGCCCGGCACCUUUUCAUCCGGAUGUACCCCAGGAUGGGCGAGAUACUGCAGUUGAUGGGUUCCAGCAGCCUGAUGGCCCUGCCCACAGAGGCGGACCUGAAGGGGCCGCUGGCCGAUGAGCUGGCCAGCUACCUGGACACCGACACGGCGACGGCCGAGGACAGGGUGCGCCUCUUCCGCUUGGCCUGGGACACCUGCUGCAGUGCGUUCGGAUCUCGGCAGAUCCUCUACGAACGCUUCUUCCAGGGCGACGUCUACCGAAAUGUUGUGCUUCUCAACAGCUUGUAUGACAAGGAGCCCGCCACGGCCUUCGUACGCGAGUUCCUGGAAGGUGGCUGA